AUGGAUCCGAUCAAAUAUAUAUUUGAGAAACCAGCAUUGACAAGAAGGAUUGCCCGCUGGCAAAUGAUCUUGACAGAAUAUGACAUACAAUACACUACUCAGAAGGCCAUUAAAAGUAGUGUGAUUGCUGAUUACCUUGCGCAUCAACCUGUCGAUGAUUACCAGUCUAUGCACUUUGAGUUUCCUGAUGAGAAUAUAAUGUGUGUGGCAGAGACUUCUAAUAGUCAAGAUCAAGAGGAAGGACCAGAACCAGGGGCGCGAUGGACGCUUGUGUUUGAUGGUGCUUCUAAUGCAUUGGGCAAUGGUAUUGGUGUUGUGCUUACUUCUCCAACAGGUUUUCAUAUUCCAUUCACAGCCAGGAUUUGUUUCGAUUGUACUAAUAAUGUGGCUGAAUAUGAGGCUUGCAUAUAUGGUAUUGAGGCUGCCAUUGAUUUGAGGAUUAAAAAUCUCGCAGUUUAUGGAGAUUUUGCUUUGGUGAUUAGUCAGAUAAACGGGGAUUGGGAAACACGCCACCCCAACUUGAUUCCUUAUAGAGAACAUGUUGUGAAAUUUGCUCAAUAUUUCGAUGAGAUCACCUUUGAUCACAUCCCACGAGAGGAAAAUCAUUUGGCUGAUGCUUUGGCCACUUUAGCAUCCAUGUUCAAAGUUAAAUGGGACAAUGAAGCGCUUGCAAUUGUGAUCAAAAGGUUGGACGAGCCGGCAUUCUGUGGCGUUAUUGAUAACAUGCCUGAUGAGAAACCAUGGUUUCAUGACAUCAAGAAAUUUCUGGAGACCCAAGAGUAUCCUGAGGGUGCUUCCCUUACGGAUAGGAAAACUCCAAAGAGAUUAUCUUCCAAGUUCUUCCUUGUUGGAGGUGUAUUGUACAAGAGGAAUUUUGAUUCUGUGUUGCUCAGAUGCGUGGAUAGACACGAAGCGGCAAAGAUCAUCCAAGAGGUGCAUGAAGGAUCCUUUGGUACACAUGCGAGUGGACACACCAUGGCCAGAAAAAUAAUGAGAGCGGGUUAUUAUUGGUCGACCAGGGAGCACGAUUGUUUCAGCCAUGUGGUGGUAUGUCACAAAUGUUAG